AGGAAUUCACAACAUUAUUUUAUUUAGAACUACGAUAAAUUACGUUACAAGAUGUUUUAUUUUGGUUUUGAGAUUUUGUUGUUUUUAAAUGUGGUCACACUUUUACACCACUGUCUUUUCGGUACAUGAUUGCAAACAAAAUAAGUUUGCCCUAAUCCGUGAAAUAUGUCUGUGGUCAUCGAGACUACACUGGGCGACUUGACGGUGGAUCUGUUCACAGACGAGCGACCAAUUGCGUGCCUGAACUUCAUAAAGCUAUGCCAGCUAAAGUAUUACAACUUCAACCUUUUUCACACGGUGCAACAAGGCUUCAUAGCGCAAACCGGCGACCCCAAUGGCUCUGGAGAUGGCGGCUCCUCCAUUUGGGGUGUUGUGGAGGGAGCACACAAGCGUUUCUUUGAGGCCGAAUACAUACCGAAGAUUCAUCAUUCAAGCGCCGGACUGGUCUCAUUUGUCAGUGCUGGCAAAAACCUUGUGGCAUCACAGUUCUUCUUCACGCUUGGUGAGAAUCUAACUUCUCUGGAUGGGACUCACUGCGUUUUUGGUGAGGUAGUGGAGGGACACGAGUUGCUGCGCAGUCUAAACGAUGCCAUUGUCGAUGAUAACUUCCGUCCUUAUCAAGACAUACGUAUCACCCAUACAGUUGUGCUCGAGGAUCCGUUUCCCAAUCCACGCGGCUUUCAAGUACCCAGCCGUUCGCCGUCUCCCAGUGCAGAGCGGUUGAAGAAUGGACGCAUUGCCGCCGAUGAGGACAUCGACGACACCGACGGGAAGACCAUGGAGGAAAUGCAAGAAUUGCUGGCUGAGCGUGAAGCCAAAGCACGUGCUACAAUUCUUGAAAUAGUGGGUGAUUUACCAGAUGCGGAGAUGGCGCCGCCGGAGAAUGUUCUGUUUGUAUGCAAACUGAAUCCCGUGACAACCGAUGAUGACCUGGAGAUCAUAUUCAGCCGGUUUGGCGUCGUAAAGGGAUGCGAGGUAAUACGUGAUCGCAAAACAGGUGACUCCUUGCAAUACGCUUUCGUGGAGUUCGACAACCAGAAGUCAUGUGAAGCAGCCUAUUUUAAAAUGGACAAUGUGCUUAUCGAUGAUCGACGUAUUCACGUCGACUUCUCGCAAUCUGUAUCCAAGGUGACUUGGCGCGGCAAAGGCCGUGGUGUUGUUGGUUCUGAUGGAAAGCUGGAUUUCAAUAAUUUGAGAGAAAAAAAUGGAUAUAGUAAUAUGAAUAAAACCAGAGAAGAUGGACGGAAUAAGGCUGAGUACGACCAGCAUAAUCAGAGAAGCCGAAUGAGUUCUAAGGAGCGUAGAAAGGCUCGUGAGCUUCGCCACCAAGAACAGAAAGAUAGUCAUCGAUCAAGAGAUGAUAACGCUCGACGUCAUAGAGAACGAUCACGGUCAAGGGAUCGAUCUACUCAGUACCGAUCACGAUCGAGAAAUCGGCAUACUCAGCGACGUUCCCGAUCAAAGGAUUGGCCUACCCAGCGACGUUCCCGAUCAAAGGAUCGGCCUACCCAGCGACGUUCCCGAUCAAAGGAACGGCCCACCCAGCGAUCUAUCCAGCGGCGCUCGCGAUCAAGAGAUCUGCAUUAUCAGCGACAUUCGCAAUCUUAUGAUUCGCAUCGUAGAAACCCAUCAUCAGCUUACAAGGGUAAUAAUUACUCGACCGAAUAUAGAAGUCAAUUGGAUCAUAGCUUUGAAAGAAGAGAUGCGGAUGAAAGAAAGCAAGAAAACGUCAAGGUCGAUGACAACAGCAGAAGGCGUAAGGAGGACUGGUCUGGAAGUUCAACAAAAGGAAAAAAGAAAUCCAAACGUGCCAAGAUCAGCAAAUCCUCAGACAGUGAAUCAUCCUCAUCUGAUGACAGUUCGGACGCUAGCUCCAAAGGCAGCACACCCUCGUCAUCAGAACCUAGAAAGAGGCAAAAGAAACCCAAGAAAUCCAAGUCGAAGAAACACAAGUCCAAAACAAAGCACAAGAAAUAAUAGUUGGAUAGUUUAUUAUUAACAAUAUACAAUUUGGUUCCACAUCUA